AUGUCUCGAUUCUUCUACCGCGGUGGUAGCGACAGCGAGUCCAGCUCCUCUGAUGAGGAGGAGGAUGUCUACGAGCGCUCGGAGGAGGAGGAGAGCGAGGAGGAGUCCAGCGAGGCCUCUGACUCUGAGUCUGAGGAGGAAUCCUCCGACGACGAGGCCGUUGGCGGUGCCAAGGCUUUCUUGAAGGAUGUUUCCGACAGUGAAGAGGAGUCCGAGGAGGAAAAACCUACAGUCGUCAAGAGUGCGAAGGAUAAGCGCCUGGAGGGUCUGGAGAGCACCAUCCGCCUGAUCGAAAAUGCCGAGAAGAUCAACGACUGGGCCGUCAUCUCGACUGAAUUCGACAGUCUCAACCGCCAGAUCGUCAAGAUUGCCCAGUCUGGGCCAACCCCCAAGGUCUACGUCAAGGCCGUCGCCGACCUCGAGGACUUCGUCAACGAGACCGUCAGCAAGCAGAAGUCCUCCAACAAGAAGAUGAACGCCAGCAACCAGAAGGGAUUCAACGCGGUCAAGCAGCGUAUCAAGAAGAACAACAAGGACUACGCCGCCCAGAUCGAGAAGUACCGUGCCGCCAAGGAUGCUUUCAUGGAGAGCGAGGAGGAGGCCGAGAAGCCCGCCGCUGCCCCGUCCCGAUUCACCCGCGAGCGUAUCCAGCCCGUCGCCGCUGUCGCUGCCGCUCCCGCCGAUGAUGAAGACUUUGUUACCGUCGGCCGUGGUGGCAAGAGCCUGCAGUACACCCCGGAGAGCAUUCUGAAGCACCUGCGUACUAUCGUCGAGUCUCGCGGAAAGAAGAACACCGACCGCCUCGAGCAGAUCCGGACGAUGGAGAAGCUUCUGGAGGUUGCCACCACUCCUUACCAGCGCAUCCGUAUUUACUUGACCCUCAUUUCCACCCGCUUCGAUCUCACCUCGUCCUCUGCGAACUACAUGAGCCCCGAACAAUGGAAGUCGGCCGAUAAGGAGUUCGGUACCCUCCUUUCUGUCCUCGAGCAGCACCGUAACUUCAUCAUCAGCGAGGGUGCUGACGAGUGGGAGGAUGAUGAGAAGCAACCUCAGGUUGCCGAUGAUGAGACUUUCUACAUCCCCGGCAGCAUUGUCUCAUAUAUCGAGCGUCUGGAUGACGAGCUCACCCGUUCUCUGCAGCAAAUUGACCCUCACACUGCUGAGUACAUUGAGCGCCUGAGCGACGAGCAGCAGCUGUACACCAACCUUGUUCGGACUCAGCUCUACGCCGAGAGCCUGAACGCCGGCGAGAAGAACGACUCACGACAAGACAGCGUCAACCGAGUGAUCAUCCGCCGCCUGGAGCACGUCUACUUCAAGCCUUCGCAGGUUGUCUCCAUCCUUGAAGACUCCACAUGGAAGGCUCUGCCUGCGGAACUCGACUCCGCUGCCACCCCCCGCAAGAAUGCCGGCGAUGUCAACGUCCUCAUCCAGACCCUCUGCAACUACCUGUUCCAGAACAGUGAUGGCAUCAUCCGGGCCCGCUCCAUGCUGUGCCAGAUCUACUUCCUUGCUCUGCACGACCAGUACUACCGCUCUCGUGACCUGAUGCUCAUGUCGCACUUGUCUGAGAACAUCGCCAACUUCGACGUUAGCACUCAAAUCCUCUUCAACCGCACCCUCGUCCAAAUCGGCCUGUGUGCCUUCCGUGCCGGCCUCAUCUAUGAGGCCCAGACCACUCUUGGUGAUAUUUGCGGCUCUGGCCGGCAAAAGGAGCUUCUGGCCCAGGGUAUCAUCCUCCAGCGCUACUCGACCGUGUCCCCUGAGCAGGAGCGUCUGGAGCGCCAGCGCCAGCUGCCCUUCCACAUGCACAUCAACCUCGAGCUGCUUGAGUGCAUCUACCUCACUUCGUCCAUGUUCCUUGAGGUCCCUCUCAUGGCCCAGACCUCGUCUGCCCCAGAGAUGCGCCGCCGCAUGAUCUCCAAAACUUUCCGCCGCAUGCUCGACUACAACGAGCGCCAGGUGUUCACCGGCCCGCCGGAGAACACCCGUGACGGUGUCAUCAUGUCCGCCAAGUUCCUCGCCGCCGGUGACUGGAAGAAGGCUGCCGAGAUGCUGGCCUCGAUCAAGAUCUGGGACCUGAUGCCCCAGCCCGAGAAGAUUAAGGAGAUGCUGUCUGCCCAGACCCAGGAGGAGGGCCUGCGCACCUACCUCUUCACCUACGCCCCCUUCUACGACAGCCUGUCCAUCUCCUCGCUGGCCGACAUGUUCGAGCUGCCCGCUAAGAAGAUCCAAGCCAUCAUCAGCCGCAUGAUCUCGCACGAGGAGCUGGCUGCCGCCCUGGACCAGGUCAAUGACGCCAUUGUCUUCCGCAAGGGCGUUGAGCUGUCUCGCCUGCAGUCCCAGAUUGUCACCCUGGCCGACAAGUCCAUGGGCUUGCUCGAAUCCAACGAGAAGACUCUCGAGCAGCGCACCCAGGGUAUGGCCAAUGCCUUCCAGCGCGAGCAGGGCCCUGGUGCCCGUGGCCGUGGCGGCGCCCGCGGCGGCGGCCAGGCCCGUGGUGGCCCGCGGCUGCCGGGUGGCCAGCAGGGCCGGAGACCUGGUGGCCAGCAGUUUGGUGGCGGUGCAUUGGGUGGAGCAAUCAAGGCUUAA